CAUCACGCUUGCACCUUCCGCUUCGUGUUACCACACUCAUUUACGUUACCACACUCAUUUCCCACCAUGCCUUCGUUUUGUCUGUCCAUUCUUUUUUGCACCACUAUUUUCUCGUCAUCGCAGACUAUCCCGAAUACGAGUCAAGCGAAGAGCAGUGCCGAACCGGAUGUAGGAGGGAAGACGUUUGACUACAUCGUCGUUGGCGGUGGACUGACUGGACUCACUGUUGCAAACCGUUUGAGUGAGGACGGUGACCGUUCCGUUCUUGUUAUCGAAAACGGUUUUGUCAACGAUGAUGUCUCGACUCAAAUCCCCGCGUUCGGAAACAGUCUCAAUACUGACCUAAUGUACGACAUUCCUUCCGCUCCCAAUGCCAACAUUGACGACCAAUCGUUUCCCGUUUACGUUGGCAACGUAGUAGGCGGUGGGUCGGUGAUCAAUGGCAUGGCCCUGGACCGCGCAUCUGCUGCCGAUUAUGACGCAUGGGAGCAGCUCGGCAAUAAUGGGUGGAAUUGGAACAGCCUGCUCUAUUACUUCAAGAAAUCCACCACUUUUACACCACCCGUGGCGGACAACGUCAAAAACUUUGGAAUUACGUAUGACUCAUCAUAUUAUGGCACAGAUGGGCCAAUCCAAGCAUCGUUUCCCAAUUUCGAAUACCCGGACACGAAAACCAUCUGGAAAUCCUUCAAAGCCGAAGGCAUCCCGUUGCCUAGGGAACACGCCGCUGGCACUGCCGUUGGCGCCCUCUGGAUUCCCACUGCCUUACAGCCCAAAAAUCAAACACGAUCUCAAGCAAAGAACGCAUAUUACGAUCCUGUGAAGAGUCGCAGCAACCUCGUCUUGAUUACCGGAAAGAGAGUCAAUGAAAUUCUCUUCGACCAAAGCUUGUUGACCGGACUGAAAGCCAAGGGUGUCCAAUUUGUCUCGCGCUCAGAUCAAUCGGUUAAACAGGUCUACGCAAAGCGUGAAGUCAUUCUCGCUGCUGGCGCUGUCUUUACCCCCCAACUGCUUCAGCUUAGUGGACUCGGUCCAAAGGAUGUUCUUACUGCUGCAGGUGUCAAGGUGAAGAAAGACAUGCCCGCCGUUGGCGCCAAUAUGCAAGAUCACCCCAACGCCUACGCGUAUUUCGAUCUCAAGAACAUGUCAACUCCAAACCCGUUUAGCCUGCUGGACCCCGUAUACAUGGCCGCUGCACGAGCCCAAUACGACACUAAUAAAACUGGUCCAUACACGCAAGCUCAUGGGAGUAGCAUUGCAUUCUUGAGUCUCCAGAGCAUCACCGAGAAAUACUCACAAAUCGUCAACACAAUCACGGCCCAGAAUGCACGAAGCUUUCUCCCCUCAGUUUAUGCCGAUUCGACCCUUCUACGCGGAUUCCAGAAGCAGCGUGAUAUUAUCGCAAAUCUAUACUCGCGCAGCGACGCAGCAGCUGGUGAAGUGCCCAUGGUGCCUUUUGGUGUUGCGAUAAGCGCGCUCCAGCGUCCGCUAUCCCGUGGUACCGUUACCCUGAAUCCAUCGAACAAGUACGGCAAUCCUGUAGUUCAGUGGAACACCUUCCAGAACCCUGUCGACAGACAGAUCUUGGUCGAAAUGGUUAGGUGGACCAGAAAACAUUGGGCAAGGACUGAGCUCAACUGCUUCUCGCCAAUUGAACUCAUUCCUGGAGUUGAAGCUCAGACAGACGACGAGAUCAUCGACGCUUUGAUCCAGCACAAUUACCUCCAAGCAUCGUUCGCGCACAUGUCAGGUAGCUGUUCGAUGAUGCCUCAGUCAUAUGGUGGUGUUGUUGCCAGCGAUUUGACUGUGUACAACACGAAGGGUCUCAGCAUUGUUGACGCCAGCAUCAUUCCUUUGAUUCCAGCUACGCACUUGCAGGCUACGAUGUAUGCUGUUGCUGAGAAGGCUGCGGAUCUUAUCAAAGCUCGCAAUAGUGCUACACUCCUUUCAAGCUUACUAGGCUUUUAAUACCCUUAUUUUAUAAUCCCAUUUGAGAAAUUGAGUAAAUAUUAG